AUGACCAUCUAUAUUCCCGUACGGCCGGCGCGCCUUCCGGGCAGGCGUAUAGCAGUGGGCUGCCAGCUGCCGCUUGGCUCGUACGAUAAUUGUGUCACGUGGCGAUCGCGCAAAAUUGAUAACACAAUGGCUUCGAAACCUAAAUCUCGAACUGGUCCGUAUAAAAGAUAUUGUUCUGUGUACGGAUGUCUGAAUAAACGGAAGAACAACGAAUCAGAAAUAACAUUUUUUAAAAUUCCGAAGGAUAUUGAAAGACGACAAGAAUGGCUAGCAGCAAUCGACAGAGAAGAUUUACUGGACGAAAAAAAGUUAAAGAUGGCCAAAAAUUACUAUGUUUGUUCUGCACAUUUCGAUGACUUUGCAAUCAUGACUUCUAUUUUGAAGCGGCUGAAGAGUGAUGCAGCACCCACGAAAUUAUUACCUGAUAAAUCUCAGAAAAAUAUUCCACCAGACGCCACGAAGAAAGAUAAAAUAUUGGUUCCCACUUAUAGCCACAAUGAAUCACAAACCGAUACCCAAGAAGAAAAAGGAAUAGAAUUUGACAAAAAAGUACGAAUAUUAUCAAAUGAAAUAAUUAAAAUUGAAAAACCUGAGCUUACUUGUACUUCAAUGCAAACAGAUUUAAUUGAAACAUCAAAUAAAAUGACACAGACAGAAUUAGACUUAUCUGACAAACCCCCAAGUAAAAGAAAACUGAAAGACUUGUGACUGUUAAAUGCCAACGGAAGCGAUUGGAGCAUGAAGUUUUAAAAAUUUAAAGAGUUAGAAGCAAAAAAUGCAUCUUUACUCUCUCCAGUCCCGAAGACAAAGUACCUCAAUGAUUUAUGAAAUUGAUUGAGUGGCAAAACAAUUUUAAGCACUAUUUAUACGAAAAUCCUGGAAGUGAAAUAUUUAAAUUUAUGCUGCAAGAGAUUCAAAUAACUACAUUGCCAUGUUCGUGUUUCCCUGUGGACUAUUUAUUAAGAUUGUUAGUGAGACUUCGUAUACUUUCGACUCUGAGAUUUUAAAUUGGGGAAAUAAUCAAUCAAAUAAUACUUAAAAGUAAAACAAUUAUAAGAUCAUUUUGUAAUAAACGCAUUUGAUUUUUGUACUUAUUUGUUUUUUAUUUCGUUGCAAAUUUCCAAUUAAACGCCCAUAUCGGUCCAAUAAACUAA